AUAUAAAAACUAAAGUUAAGUAUUUGUUAAAUACUUUUUAAACAUAAAGUAUAUACAUAUCCAAACUAUUAUUUUAUGUUUUAAAAAACAUUUGGAAAAUAUUAAACUUUAGUUUUUAUAUAUUUAUUUUCAUAGCUAAUAUAUUAUUAUAUAAUAAAAUUAAUUCAUUUAUUAACCCGCGGUUCAUCCGCGGUCGACCCAGUGACCCAGCGAUCCGGUUAGUCGUCCGGUUCAGUGUCCGGGUCGGGUUUAAAAACAUUGGACAUGUGUGAUUUCAGUGUCCGGGUCGGGUUUAAAAUUUAGAAGCAAAUUAUAAAUUAAGAGAACAUAUAUGAUUUUAAUGAUGAUAAAAUAUAAUAUAUCUCCCUUGUUUAAGUAUAUUGUGUUAUGCUAUUUUAAAAUACUAUGUAAUUAUUAGAUUUGCUUUGUUAUUCACAUUAUAUACAAAUAUCUAUUUUCGUAUAAGAAAAUAUAGAUAUAAAAAACUAUUUUAUUACUUCAAAAGUAUAUUUUAUGUUAUUUAUAAAUUUUUUCUUACUAUUUUCCGAACUUUCCUUUUUAAUGAAAUCGUAUUAUAUAUACAUAUAUUUUCGUUUUUAAAUUUGCUUUUUAAACUUUAUAUAUAUUUUGUUUAUAUUAUAUAUGUUAUUUGGAAAGUUUUAUAAAGAAAAUUAAAUGAAAAUUAAAUUAAAUCAAAGAUGAUAAUUCAAAAGGAUUUGUUUCCAGGAAAAAAAGACGAAACGUUAGGGUUUUCUUAGACCAUCUCCAAUGGUUCACUCUAUUUUUUAUUCUAAAAUAGAGUAACUCUAUAAUAGAGUUGUGAUAUACUCCAAUGGUACUCUAUUUUAGAGUGAAAAAUAGAGUGAUGAACAAAGAAAAAAUAACUUACUCUAUAUAUAGAGUAAACCCAUUUUUUACUCUAUUAUAGAGUGGAAAAUAGAGUACCAUUGGAGCAUUUUUACUCUAAACUCUAUUUUAGAGUGAAAAAUAGAGUGGGGUUGGAGAUGCCCUUACUCGGUUUCUUCUACAUCAUUCUCAUUUAAGUUUUUGGGAAAGCAUAAUUUUCAGAGAAUAAAAUCAUUAACCCAAAACUUCGUAAACUGAAAAAUUCCAUUAUUUAGUUAUUUAUUAAUAGAUUUUGUUGUUGUUGUUUACGAAAUAACUUAAGUAUGUAUAAUAACGAUGCAUCAUGUAUUUAUAAACUUUUGUUUACAGAAAUUCUUUAUAUUAAUAUUCUAAUUAGUUCAAACUUUUUUAUAUUUAUUAUAGUAUUUUUCUUUCUAUUUUUCUUCUUGGGGUAAGAAUUUUUCAUAUAAAAUGAAGGAAGGCUAAACGAUAAUGGAAAUCCAAGAGACAUAAUUCAGAAAAUAAAAAGAGUAAAAUUAAAAUACAAUGGAAAACCAGGAGACGUUUUAAAUUUGUUGUGUUUUCUUUCUAUAAAAAAGAGAGGAAACGAUGAAGCCAAACAAAACUCACUCACAAGUGACACCUCUCAAAAAUCGGAAGAAGAAAACAAAAGAAAAAGUGAUGACUGUCGAACAUCUCCAAGAUCAGCAGAAUGCGUCUUCAAGCGACGAAGAUUCCGUUGACAACUCUUUGUCGGCUGAAGAAGAAGAAACCGAUUCCGAAACUGAGCCGGUCGUAGAUUCCAAAAAGGGUGAAACUUCCAAGACAAGGGCAAACUCUUCGUCUCCAGUCACCAAGCCACCUCCCGCAGAUUCGAACAAGGUUGAAACUUCCAAGAAGCGCUCUAGUGAGACAGGUGAAGGAGAAGAAGCGAAGAGGGUUAAGAGGGUUUCACUUUCAGGAGACGGCGACAACAAAAAGAGUACAUCUUCCUCGGAAGGAGAAACCGAUUCUGAAUCCGAAACCGAGUCGGUCGCAGAUUCCAAAAUUGUUGAGACUUCCUCUAAGCCCAAGACCACGGCAAACUCUUUGUCGGAAGUAGCAACUGUGUCUUCCAGCUACGAAGAUUCCUCCUCCUCGUCGGGAGAUGAAGAAACUGAUCCCCCUGUCCCGAAUCCAGUUGUGGAACCUCCAGCAGAGUCCAGCAGAAAGGUGGUUGAAGCUUCCUCGAAGAAGCAGCCAUCUAUUGAGACAGAUGAAGGAGAAGCAAAGAGGGACACUAAGAAAAACUAUUUCCAAAGAGUUUGGACCGAGGAAGACGAGAUUGUUAUUUUACAAGGGAUUAUCGACUACCGAUUCGAAACUGGGUCAAACCCUUUUGAUGACAAGAACGCUUUAUAUGAGCUCCUGAAGGAAUCUGUCAGUUUUAAUCCUACAAAAAUCCAGUUCUUGGAGAAGAUCAGGGGCUUAAAAAAGAAGUUUGACAGCAAUCUUGGAAAAGAGAAGAAGAAAGGAGAAGAGUUGGCGUUUUCUAAAUCUCACGAUCUUGAGGCUUUUCGUUUGUCAAAGUUUGUUUGGGGAGAUCAUGAUGGUAUCACGGCUAAUGCCAUUGGAGUUGAGCCUGCUGUGUUGAAGCUUGAUGAGCCAAAGCAAGGGUCUGUUUCACUUGUUGAGUCAGUAACUCGUUUCGGUAUGGAUGAUCUUGUUGCUAAAAAAGGUUGGAGUAGGCUUUCAUCAGAGGAUAAGAAGAGUCUUGAGGAGGAAUGGGAAGCAUUGGCGCUUGAAGAAUUCAAGUUCUACUCUAGAAAGAGCCGUAUCAUUCAUGAUGCGAUUGCAAAGAUGGCUGAAGCUUCCCAACCAGACCAUUAGAUUUAUUAUUCUAAGAUUGGUUAUUUGAGUAUCUCUUCUAAACUCUACUCUCGUGACUUCCAUCUGUGUUGAAAGGCACCCAAAGGACUUUUUUAUUAUCUAGGUUUUGUUCUUCUUGAUUGAUUAUGUUGGAAUCAUCACAUUUUUUUCAAGUUUGAUUUUGGUUCCUUGCUAUCUCUAUCAAACUAUCACACAGCGUUUAUUUGGUUGGUUUAUUUGCUUUGCUAAAUAAAUAAAGGACCAAAUCUGUCAUGUCUAAUACAUAAAAGGAUUCAGUCCCAAUCUCAUCAAGUCAUCCGUGAUUGUUUUCAUAAGCUUCCUCCUAGAGCCAAACAUUGUUUUGAAAGCAAGUUCAGAUAAAGCACGUGUACAUGCUUAUGUUUCUUAAUAUAUCUUGAUUAAACAAAUGAAUGAACAAUAAUCUCACAUUUGGUUUCAAGGAGGCGAAUGAUGCUGCUUUGUGUAUGAAUUGUGAUAGGGGAGAGCACUAUUUAAGGAUCAAAUUUAAUUCUUAAAGAAUCCGAAAAUAAGCUUGCAAUCAAGUUGAUGCUGAAGUUGGAUGGUGUAAUUGAUGUUUCAGAGUACACAAAUUCUUUCAAAUUUCAGUUUUGAAGAAUCCGAAAUUAUCCAUGCAACCACUAGUGUUCUAGCCACUUGGUAGGCGCUUUCAGGGCAAGGGCAGGCUAUGGACCAACGGUGCAACCGCUCCGGAUCCAAGUCCAUGUUUUCCGUAUAUUAGUAGUUAAGGAGUCCAGUUUUUUUAGAAAUCUAUAUUUUUAUACAAAAAAUAUAAUAAAUAAAAUUGAAAAAGACAUUUUACCCUAAAACUUGUAAUAAUGUUAAGUCGGUCCUAUGAUCGGCCCUAUGAAAUAUAUAAUAUAUUUUCAUCACAAAAUAUACAAAAAAUUACUGAUUAAAUUUUAAAAAUAUUUUAUACAUCAAAUAAUAUAAAUCUUAAAUGGUAGAAAAAAACAUUUUACCCUAAGAUUUGUAAUAAUGUUAAGUCGGCCCUAUGAUCGCUUGUUAGAAGAUAUACAGAUACUAGAUAGAGACAUGCGCCUUGUACAGAAUAAAGUUAUAAUGAUAAUAAUAUCUUAUAAUUUACAUUUUUUGGUUUAAACAGUUUUUUUUUACAUUUCUUGGAUAUUGCAACUAAUUUUGAUAUACAUUAGUUGGUAAAAAUACAACUAAAUUUUCGUUUAUCCCUAAAUAAAGAGAACGCACAUGUUAAUUGUAACAUUGAAAAUUGUAGUAAUACGUAUUAUACAAUCAUACGAAUGUAGUGUGUAAUAAUGAGAAACAUAUUUGAAUUGCCAUUUUAAUUUCCAUGCACAUAACAUUUUCUUGAUUUAUUUAAUUUUGAUCAGAAAUGUUGCAAAAGUUAAAUGGGAUGAUAAACCUUUGUUGGUUUGAUAUUAUUUGAUGGGUUUUGGUCAUUUUAGUGGCCCUAUAAUAUUGAAAACGAAAAACAAAUUAUUUCCAAAAUCUGUAUGGAAAUAAAUCUAGAAACAAAAAAAUUGGUCAUCUCUCACAUACGAUUGAGAAAAGGGGAUCAACAACGAAUGAAUUACUCCUGAUGGUAAAAGUAAACACUUUAGUAUCUUAAAAGCAACCGAAAGUAAAACUGUUUUCAUGGUUCCAUGAAUCUUGUCUCCUUGUUAAAUAAAAACAAGGACUUAUCAAAUCACCUUACAAAUAGGUAGAACAAAAACAAAAACCUAUCUAAGCACCUUAAUGGGAAGCAGUAUAAUAUAGAAAACGUAUACAUAAACAUCAUCCUAUAUACUUUAUAACCUACUCUAGAAUCGACCAAAAACAUCUCUAAUACUUUCACCAUCCGCAGAAGAAUAUUGUUUACAUAAACAUAAAAGGCUUCAAAUCAGAGAUGAGGUUAAUCCCAGCCAUUUUAGUAUAGGACUUUUAAGAAGCACAAAAUACUUUGAGUCUGGCAUAGGGAAUGACUACACAUACAUAUGUGCUUCGUUUAUAUAGGUUGUAGAAACCACUACAGAGAAUUGUGAAUAUUUACGCCCAUUAAUCAUGGGAUUUACCUUGACAAUCACUCUUUGUAUUAAUCUCGUCAUAAAGGCAUAGGACAUUAAUUUGAGCCGUAUAUUAGUCCAUCAUAUUAUAGUAACUUAGGCGUUUCGGCUAAAUUUAGGAAACAAAAAAUGUUAUUGUCAAAUAUAAUUGAUUGCAGUGUACACAAAGUGUAUAUAUAUAUAGAUAUAUAUAGUUAAUGCAUAGUAUUUGAUUUCCUAAAAUCUUGAAAUGGAAAAACUUAUCGUAAUCACGUAACUGUGUAAUUUGCCAAAUUGAAGACAUGAACAUCUUGACUGUCGUACAUACUAUUUCAUCACAAUAACAGUCGGUUAUGUUAAAACCGAAGGGCAGCCAAUUACAUUAUAAUUUUAAUUCAAUUGGGUUCUUCGGUUAUAUUACAACCGGAAAACAUAAAAAAAACAUUGGAACAUGCCGUAUGGACACACAUGAACAUAGUAUAUAAAACAACUAAAAACAUAUGGUACACAAAAAAAACUAAAAAUAUUGGAACAUGCAGACACAUGAAAUGGUAUUCACUAUGGUAGAACUAAACAAUUUAGGAGCUCUGAGAAAGAGUUUAAUGUUCUUCAUAUACUGUAUUCUAAACUGUUGAGAUGUCCAAAUGUAAUGGUUCAAUGUUCUUCUCUAUUUACAAUUGGUGCUUGUUUCAAAACUCUUAUGUACGUUUUCAUUAUAUUUGCAGGAAAAAAGGUGAAGUCAGUGAAGCUCUGUUAUAACUCGUACGCCAAGAUUACGCUUUUUCGUAUGUGGGAUUAAGAAAUGUUUUUAUGUUCUUCUAUGGUAUCUAUAGCUGUUCUAUUUUUAACGAUGUUUUAAGUGUUUCUUACCAUAAAAUCUUUUUGAUUGUUAAUCUAUUUAUUACUUGCAGUUUUUAUAUACGACUGAAAUUAUUUUUAAGGGGAUGUGGGUUGAAUGACAGUGACAUAUCUUGUAAAUAGUCUAGUAAAAAAAGGGGAUAUAAUUAUUUAGGCUGAAAUUUAUUGUGAGAGUGCCACCUCAACAUGGCAUCCUUGUAAACAAUUUACAUUUCAAAGGUUAUUUUUUCAAAUUGCUUCUCCGUUAAUAAGAAAGGGAUAUUUCUAACCGCUUGUUAGAGGAUAUAGUAACCAUAUAGGCAGGGGCUUAGGCUGGCUUAAGAGGAUACUAGUGUGGAUCCGUACUUUGUGCGUAUUAAUAUAUCUUAUUAUAUAAAGUAAAGAUUGUCUCUUUCCCGGUGAGGACACGUCACUAAAUAGUGCAACGUGAGCUUGACACGUAUCCUUUAAAUUAAAACGCUUCGUUUCAUUUAGUCUGAUUUCGAUUUAUUCGGGCUUUAAUUUGUUGGGCUGUGUCUUAAUUUCGUCGAGCCCAUAACAUAAUAUAUCACUUCGCCUAGAUGAAACAUCGCGUUUUGUAUUAGAGUAGGCGGUGUUCAUCUUCCCAUCUCGAGAGACCAUGCCGAUUAGGGUUGCGCGAACGAUCUUCCAUCUUCUUCCUUACACUACGAAACGAUACAUGUAACCGAAUUAUCCUCAUAAAGCCAUCCAUUAACCUAUCAGUCACAAUCUAUAUUCAACUAUAAAAAGUCUUUUUCUCCGAUUUACAGACUGGCCGCUCCUCCUCCACCGUUCAAGUCCGCUUGCUUCGUUUCUGAGAGGCCAGGAAGGUACGCCGUGGUGGAGAUCUCAUGGGAGUGGAUAUGCUCUCACUUGAUUGUCAGAUUUUUGACUGAGAGAUGAUAACGAAUGUGAUGGAGGAGAGAGAUGAAAAGGCCAGUGAUUGCUUCUCUGGCGUUCGUAAAAGAUGCGCUUGGAUCACUCCCAAAUCUGGUAAUAGUCCUUUUUUAAUUUUCCUUAUAAUAGCAGUUGAAGUUGAUGCUUGGCUUUACUGGUCAAGCAACUGAAAUGUCAUUGUCCUCCUUAUGAUUCUGAGCUUGAGUAGUUUAAAAGAUUUGGUAUUAAGUUGGAAUUAAGUGUUUGAAUGUAGAGCUCAAAUCUUGAGUAUUUUGCUUUGUGUUCACGUGAUCUCUAUUGUACAAUGACCACAUAAACAUGAUUAGGUUCUUUAUCAUUUCCUUACAGCCAAAUCUCAAAGUGCUUAAUCGUUGUUUAAACUAAAACAACAGGAAAUUUUCAUCGAUUUUGUUUCAAUUGCUAUAUCUGAACUAACUAUCAAUAAAAAAAACAUCCCUUGAGAUUGCUACCACCCCAUUACUAUCAGAGCAAAAGCUACCCUCAAUCCUCGAAUUGCAAACCAUAUUCGCAAGGUAUUUCAAAAUCCUCGAGAUUGCAAACCAUAUUCGCAAGGUAGUUCAAUAUUUAUAGACCUGAUCAUAGUUUUUGUAAAUUUGUAUAUUAACUUGAAAGCCCCACUCCUCCCACCGGUGUUUGAGCUACAGGGACAAAAAGCACAGCUUGAGGAGAAGGCACAUAAUGUAAAAGAUGUAUCAGCAAAACAUGCGAUUGAGUUGCCAGAGACGGAAAGAACAACUUGGGUUACAACUCGAACGGGGUGAAAUCUAAGAUUUAGAGAAGGAGAUGGAUAAGCUAAAUGUGUCGCAGGUGAAGAGAGAGAGAAGCGCAAAAGUACUGUAUGUGUGUUUAUUUUUCUACUUGGAAACUCAAAUUUUAGUUGUGAGCAGGAAUCUCAGAUGCCAAA